AUGGAGACCUUGCUUGACUACCGCCAGGGAGCCAAUCACGUCACUGAGCAGCUUCAAACAACUGCUAAAUUGCAUGUUAUCUCUUACGCCUACGACGCUGUUUCCGACAAAGCGAGUGUGGAGAUGCUUUCCAAAGUUGUCUCCCCACAGGACGGAAAGAUCAUGAGUGCCAUACCCAAAGCGGACGAGGAUAUCGGGGGGAUCACGCUGUUGGGAUUCAAUGCUGGCUCUAUCCACGCCCCGGCAAAAGAGGGAAUUCGGGUGGGGGAUGCAGAGUUUGGUACCAGCAUUUACAAUUUGGUCAGUCUUGGCCUUGGCCACGGCUGGUUUUCGGGACAUCCUUACGAAGUUGUUCAAGGAGGGCUAAAUAGACUUGAGCGCGCUUUGAAGGAUCUCGAGGGGGGUUAUGAGUCCGCGAAGAAGUAUGUUCUGCGCCUCGCGGAAACACCCGGGGUGUCCAAGGAUUAG